UACUCUCGGAAAGCCCCAGACUACUUGAUCACAAUGUUGCCUUCUGGGCUUGAAUCGAGGAAAAAAGUCGCAAGCCUCUUCCCCAUUGCAGAUGCAGCUAUAUGAACUCUUUUAUACCAGUAUAGCUUUUUCCAGAUCACGAAAGUGAAAUACUCCAUUGUGUGAAAGAUCCAGGACUGCCCUUUUGUUUGUCAUCCAGCUUUUGUGGCCUGUAAGAUGUCAUUCCGCCACGGGCUGCGACUGCUGUACAGUCAGCUGUCUCUGUUCUCUAGAAAACUAAACAGACCGGGGUGCAGAUACGUUUCCCGCAGUUUGGCAUUUAGCUCAGAGAAAAGAGCAUCAGAUUUCAAUAGCUUUGUGGCUCGGACCAACACUUGCGGAGAGUUGCGUUCUGCUCAUGUGGGCCAAGAGGUCACCUUGUGUGGAUGGAUUCAGUACCAAAGACAGGGCCUGUUCCUGGUUCUGAGGGACUUCCAGGGACUGACACAAAUCAUCAUUCCACAGGAUGAGGCACAUUCCCAUGUUAAGAAGGUCUUGUAUGAUGCCCCUGUGGAAUCUGUUGUGAGGGUAACUGGGACAGUCACCUCUCGGCCCCCGGGGCAGAAGAACCCGAGAAUGCCAACAGGUGACAUUGAAGUGAAGGUGAAGACAGCUGAGGUCCUGAAUUCCUGCAAGAAGCUGCCCUUUGAAAUUAAAGACUUUAUCAAGAAAUCUGAGGCCUUGCGCAUGCAGUAUCGCUACUUGGACUUGCGCAGCUUCCAGAUGCAACAUAACCUGCGGCUGAGAUCGCAGAUGGUUAUGAAAAUGCGGGAGUACCUCUGUAAUCUCCAUGGGUUUGUGGAUGUAGAAACCCCAACACUAUUUAAGAGAACUCCAGGGGGUGCAAAGGAAUUUGUGGUACCUUCCAGGGAGCCUGGAAAGUUUUACUGUCUGCCGCAGAGUCCUCAGCAAUUUAAGCAGCUCCUGAUGAUUGGAGGUCUGGACAGGUACUUUCAGGUCGCCCGUUGCUAUCGAGAUGAAGGUUCAAAGCCAGAUAGGCAGCCGGAAUUCACUCAGAUCGAUAUUGAGAUGUCGUUUGUAGACCAAGCUGGGAUCCAGAGACUCAUUGAGGGCCUGCUCCAGUAUUCCUGGCCUAAUGAGAGAGACCCUAUUACCACCCCUUUCCCUUCCAUGAGCUAUGCUGAGACAUUGGCAGAGUAUGGGACUGAUAAGCCAGACACUCGCUUUGGUAUGAAGAUCAUUGAUGUCAGUGACGUGUUUAGGAGUGUGGAAAUCGGAUUUGUGCAGAAUGCUGUCAACAAGCCCCAAGGCACUGUCAAAGCCAUUUGUAUUCCUCAGGGAGCGAGACAUCUUCAAAAUAAAGAUUUUGAGUCUUUAAAGGAAUCUGCAAAAUCCCAGUUUAAUCAGGAAGUUUUACACUUGAUCCUGAAGCCUGAUGAGAGCUUGAAGUCUCCACUCAGCAAGUUUCUCAGUGAGGAGCAGCAGUCGAAACUCAUCCAAGCACUGAAGGUCCAGGCAGAUGACGUGGUGCUCCUGGCAGCUGGAGAGCAUGAAAAAGUGUGCUUGGUGUUAGGAAAUAUGCGCUUGGAGAGUGCGAACCUUCUGGAGUCGAGAGGCCUGGUGCUCCGUGAUCCCACUGCUUUUCACUUCCUGUGGGUGGUGGAUUUCCCGCUAUUCCUUCACAAAGAAGAAAACCCUGCAGAACUGGAAUCUGCUCAUCACCCCUUCACGGCCCCUCACCCCUCAGACACCAGCCUCCUCUACUCUGAGCCUGCAAAGGUUCGUAGCCAGCACUAUGAUCUUGUGCUGAAUGGCAGUGAGAUUGGAGGUGGCUCCAUCCGAAUCCAUAAUGCAGAGCAGCAACGUUUUGUUCUUGAGACAGUGCUGAAGGAGGAUCCUGAGCUGCUUUCCCACCUGCUUGAAGCUUUGAAGUGUGGAGCGCCCCCUCAUGGAGGAAUCGCUUUAGGACUUGACAGACUGAUCUGUCUCGUGGCUGGAGCUCCAAGUAUUCGAGAUGUCAUUGCGUUCCCCAAAUCCUUCAAGGGACGGGACCUUAUGAGCAACGCUCCAGAUUACAUCACCCCUGAGGAGCUAGAGCCAUACCACAUCCAGGUUGCAUGGCCUGCUGCAGAAGCAGAGGCAAACAAGAACUGACUCAAAGCAAGUGAUUGUAGCUGAUCCUACUAUCGGCAUUGUUCCCACUCUGCCUUCCAAGGGCAGAAAACAUCAGCUGACGUAGGGCAUAUACUAUGGGUCAUACCAUUGAACUUACAGAAGAUAAUAGUGACUACUUCCCUUUGGGAGGGAGGGAAGGAUGAAUUGAAGAGCAAAGGAAAAAACCCAGGUUGCUUUUCUCUCUCUAACAUAGUGCAGAGGGGAAGGUUGGGACCACUGGCAUGGGGUGUGGUGGUGGGUUUGGCAUUUCCUUUUGUUUUGAUAUGUACCUAGUGGAGUAUGGAAAAGAUCACGUCUUAGCUUCUUUUUCAGGUCACCUGUGUCAUGAGAAUCACGAAAUCAUGGUUAGCUGAGGACUAGACUUUCCUGUUAGAACAGAGCUGUUCUGGGCUGAGAACCACAUACAGCCUGUGGAGAGCCCUAAACAUGGCCUGGGCUGUCCUCUUCCUGUAUCUGCAGGAUGAGGAUAAAACAGAUCAACUACAGCUUACUGCUGGUGAACUCAACGAUGACCAGUACCUGUUCACUUACUGAGGAGCAGUAUAAGCACACACAUAGAUUGUGCAUUGAUCUUUUUAAAAAUCAUGUAUACAUGAGUAUGUGCGGCCCUGGGGAUCUUGGCAAGUUACAAACGCUCUUGGGUCUUGCAGUUUUGGUUGUCCUUGUAAUACCACCAAAUGGAAAGUACAUCUGUGUUGGGGCCUGUGGUCCUGGUGCUUUUAGGAGAUUUAUCUUUCUAACCUUUUAUGUUUGUAAAUAAAGCUCAGUCCAGGAAACAAGGUUUUAGUCUUUAAUGGAACAUUGCUUUGAAUAGGGCUUUUCUCUGUAACAUCAAGAAACAGAUUGAAAAGAACACCUACAGUGGAAUUUACUUACAGAUGAGUCCAGGGGACUGGAGGGGCAGGCAAGAAAAGCUGUGAUCAUGGAGAAAAUUUGACAACUCCAGAUUCACUCAACCUCCCUCUAAAAGAUUCUGUUCUAGUUGUGAUAAAGCUGCAUGUGGCUCCUUAAAUGCUGUCUGACAUCCAUUGUCACUCCCACUGCCACUAAUGCAGCCAAUCACAGUAGAAGUUCCUGUGUAUUGUACAGGAGUGCAAACUCAGGCAGCAGCCUGCCCACCCAAACCUCUCUGCUCUGCUUCCAUGCUUCUCAGCUGAAAGAGCACAGCAGGCCCUGCCAAAGGAACCCCCCGUAGACAUCCUCUCUCUGGAGCAUGUAGGCUCAAGUGAAUGGAAAGGGAACAGCAAAAAGAUAAGGAUUGGCUGAAAAGGCUAGAAAAGUGGACCAACAAAACAGAAUGGAGCAACUGUGCCAUGAUUUGGUGCAGUAGGACAUGACAGGUGGGCCUUCCACACAAGUGGAGGGAGGCUUUCCCAGGUGUCUGACUGGUGGGUCUCCCUGACAUGCUCAAGGUCAAACUAAUCGCCAUAUUUGGGGUCAGGAAGGAAUUUUCCUCUGACUCAGAUUGGCAGAGACCUUGGAGGUGUUUUGUCUCCCUCUGCAGUAUGGGGCAUGGGUGACUUGCUGGUUUGAACUAGAGUAAAUGGUGGAUUCUCUGUCGUUUGAAGUCUUUAAAUCAUGGUUUGAGGACUUCAGUAACUCAGCCAGAGGUUAUGGAUCUAUUACAGGAGUAAGUGGGUGAAGUUCUGUAGCCUGCAACGAGCAGGUCGUCAGACUAGAAGAUCACGAUAGUCCCUUCUGGUCUUAAAGUCUGAGUUCAGAAUGAAGCUGGGAAUUCCCAAGCUAAACUGGAGAUUCAGUGGGUAGUGUUCUUUCAUCUGAACAAAUGACUUCAGCUUGGAGAUGCCUUCUUUCAGGUGAGAUGUAGCUGAGAUCCUGACCAUCUGCAGUCAUUCCUAGCUGUCUUCCUCCUAAUUUGCUUGUGUACCCUUUUAGCUAAAACCCAGCUUGCUGAUUAGCAGUUGCUAUAUUGCCAUGUCAAUAAGAUAUCUUCCAUUAUUUAUUCAGUGUUACUAUAACCGUGUUGGUACCAGGAUAUUAGAGAGACAAUGUGGGUAAGGUAAUAUCUUUUAUUGGACCAACUGGAGAGCGAAACAAGCUUUUGAGCUUACACAUAGCUCUUCUGACCAGGGUGUCUCAGGCAGAAGCAGCUCUGUCCUGCUCUCCACCCAGCUGCCAGGGAGAGCGGCCAAACGUGGUGUGGGAGGAGGCACAGGGAGAGGACAGAGCCCUCCCCGCAAGUAACGUGGGAUGGAGAUAGGGCAACCAGAC